CAAAUGAUGACAGCAACUGACAAACUGUCGUGGAACUGUCUGGACCGGACGCAGGCCUCGCCCUUCUCUGCAGCUCCAGCACGCCUCCUCCUUGACGUCCUCCUCUCCUCGUCCUGCUCCUCUUCCUCCUACUCCUCCUCCUCCGAGGGCGCCGAGCCCACUCCUAACCGCGGGCAGCCGCUGCCCGCUGAGCGGACCAGCAGCCUGCUCUGCCCCCUGGUGGCCGCAUGACCGAGCUCCAUGGAGGUUUCCAUAGCCUCGGCCAGCAUCAACCGAGGCAGCCAGGAAGUGAGCGACUCUCGGCUGCCCUCUAAAAUGGCGAUGCAAGACAUCACCACUGAGCUGCACUGCCCGCUCUGCAAGAACUGGUUCAGUGACCCACUGAUGCUGAGCUGCGGCCACAACUUCUGCCAGGCCUGCAUCCAAAACUUCUGGAAGCUGGAAGCCAAGGAAACGUUCUGUCCUGAGUGCAAGAUGCUGUGUCAGUACAGCAACUGCACGUUCAACCUGGUGCUGGAGAAGCUGGUGGAGAAGGUGAAGAAGCUGCCCCUGCUCAAGGACCAGCCCCAGUGCUCGGAGCAUGGGGAGAACCUGAAGCUGUUCAGUAAGCCAGACGGGAAGCUGGUCUGCUUCCAGUGCAAGGACGCGCGGCUGUCCAUGGGGCCAUCCAAGGAGUUCUUGCAAAUCCCGGAUGCUGUGCGAUUCUUCACGGAGGAGCUCGCCACUUACCAGGAUCAAUUGGAGGCAACCCUAAAGGAACUUCAGUCUCUCAGGAACAAGCAGAAGGAUGCCAUUGCUUCUUGCAAGGAAGACAAGGUCCAUCUGCAGGAGCACGUGUCCUUGGAGUUUCUCAAGCUGCAUCAGUUCCUGCACAAUAAAGAAAAGGACAUCGUCAAUGCCCUCCGCGAGGAGGGCAGAGCCCUGAGCGAGGAGAUGGAGCACAGCCUGAGCCAGCUGCAGGAGCAGGGUGCCCAUGCCAAGGCCCUGCUGGCCAGCAUCAAGAGCCGCAUGGAGCAGCAGAACGCCUUCGAGUUCCUCAAGGACAUCACAAACCUCUUGAAGAGCUUGGGGAAAGCAAAGAAGGAGCUGGUGCCCCGAGGGCUGAUCUCCCGGAAGUUGGCCCCCGGCCUGUUCAGAGGCCCCAUCCAGUACAUGAUCUGGAAGGAAAUGCAGUCCACUCUCUCUCCAGGCCUGUACCCCUUGACUCUGGACCCUAAGACGGCUCACCCGAAUCUAGUGCUCUCCAAGGACCGCACCAGCGUGUGGCACGGUGAUGUGAAGCAGACGAUGCCCAAUGACCCAGAGAGGUUCGAUUCGAGCGUGGCGGUGCUGAGCUCCAAAGGCUUCACUUCUGGAAGGUGGUACUGGGAAGUGGAAGUGGGGAAGAAGACGAAGUGGACAGUCGGAGUGGCCAGGGAGUCCAUCAUCCGGAAGGGCAACUGUCCUCUCACGCCUGAGCGGGGAUUCUGGCUCCUGAGACUGCGGAACCAGACGGACCUUAAGGCUUUGGACCUGCCCUCCUGCAGCCUGCAGCUGACCGGCAGCCUGACCCGGGUGGGUGUGUACCUGGACUACGAGGGGGGGCAGGUGUCCUUCUACAACGCCAGCAGCAUGAGCCACAUCUACACCUUCUACAGCGGCGCGUUCGGAGAGAAGCUCUACCCGUACUUCUGCCCCUGCCUUAACGACGGCGGGGAGAACAAGGAGCCGCUGCGCAUCGUGCACCCGCAGUGAGCGCUCCCGCCGGCGCAUAGAUUCAAGUGUUAUUAAAGAAGCGUUGCAAUGGUUUCCCGGUCUCGGGGGGUUAUCUGCUCCACGCGCGGGGAUCGUCAGCACCCAGGACUCCUGCGCGGAAUUCCACGCUCAGCUUCCUCCGUGGAGGAUUCCCAGCAGAGCGACCUUCCUGCCUUGUUCCCUCGGCAGAUGUGAGCGUUGGACCCCUGGAAGACUUUGCAGAUAUGCCCUGAAACGACCAUGGCACGGUUUAUUUUUCCAGCCUACUCAAUUAGACUUUUCACACGCGCACUCUGUGUGUGUGUGUGUGCGUGUGCGUGUGUGUGUGCGUGCGUGCGCACUGGGGAUUGAACCCCGGGCUUGCACACCGAGCUGCAGGCCUAGCUCUUUUACAGCUGUUACUUUGGAUCUCGCUAAGUCCCUCAGUGGCCCAGGCCGGGCUCCUCUUUCCUCGGCUUUGUGCCCCACCACACCCAGCUUCCUGACUACUCUCCUUCCUAGGUAAUUACUUUUUUUUUUGGCACUGGGGAUGGAAACCACAACCUUGUGUUUCCCAACAGGCAAUUACGCUGCUGAGCUAAACCCCCAGCCCUAAGUAAUUGCUUUUUGAUAUACAUUUUCUUCUCCUUUAUUUUCUAGAGCUUGUUAUUGUAAUUUUCAAAAACUUGCUGCUGCUGGGUGUGGUGGUACAUACCUAUACUUCCAGCACUCAGGAGGUUGAUGCAGGAGGAUCACCUUGAGUUCCAGGGCAGCCUGGGCUAGCUAAUGAGCUUAAGGCCAGCCUGAAUUACAGAGUGAGACCCUGUCUCAGGAAAAAAACAAGACAAUGACAACAAACUUGCUGCAGAGACUACAAGAAAAAAGUAGGAGAUGGUCUGUGUUAGAUGAUAAUUUUGUUUUGAAUUUUCUGAAGAUACUUUUUAGUCUAGCAAAUCUGACUUUUUUCUUGCUGUCUCAGUCUGCUUUCCUUGCAUUAUGUAGCUAUGGAGCACUUGUUUUUCUCUGUUCAAUAGUACAGGCCUGCCUCACCACUGACUAAAAUGUGAUUCACCUCUAAGGUAUGGUCAAUACAGAGGAAAGUCAUUUGACCAAGAAUCCACUUGCAAAAUAUAAGCAGUAGCUGAAACUCAUUAUCCUUAGGCCAGAAUGGAUGCAGAUUAGAUUCAGUUUAAGAUGCUCAGGCUCCACUCAAGACCAGUUAGAAAAACUCUGUUGCAAGCAGAGCUGAAGCAGUCGUAGUUUCUAGAAGCUCCUGGGUGAUUCAACUGUAUGGCUGGAACAGAAAACCACUGAGCUAAAGGAACAGGGCUUUAAAAAAAAAAAACUUUCUGUUUAAAAAAAAAAUGAAAAUUUAGACUUGGGAAUGUAGCUCAGUGGUACAGUGCUUGCCUAGCACAUGUAAGGUUCUGGGUUUAAUCCCCAGUAUCACAAAAGAAAAAGAGAAAGAAAGAAGAAAACUUUAAGCUUACAAGAGUUGUACCUUUGUAUGGUCACCUCCUGUUACUUUCCAAUUAUUAAUACCAUGCCACGUGCUGUUGGUCUCCAUUCCUGAGUCUAUAAUUAUUUUUGUUACCUUUGCUGAACCAUUCUAGAUUAAAUUACUUAUCACUUAAGAUCAUCCAUAUUCUUGAAUAUAUCAGUGAGUAUCUCCUAAGAACCAGGUGUUCCCUUACAUAACCAGAGUAUUAUCAAAUUCAAUCUAAGGCCCGUCUGGGCUACAUAGGGAAACCAUGUCUCAAAAAUAAAAUCAAAACAAUCAAAUUCAGAAAAUGGAACAGACACAAUAUUACUAGCUAAUCUACAGCCCAUAUUUAAUCAGUAAAUAUUUCUCAUGGUGAGUUCUUAGGAACAGUGUAAAGAAUUUCAAGUAGCAUUACAGUGAGUUUGGGGGACAGAAGAGGACCUACUUGCUACUGUUAGAGUUCUGUGUAACUGAUAUCUAAAGUCUAUCUUGGGAAAAGAAAGGACUACAAAAUUCAGAGAAAGGGGAGGUCAACGUGUACUGAGAGAAAAAUCCUAAGGAAAAGUUGUGAUUAAGUUAGAGAUAGGGAGGAUGAGUAGGGGGAAACAUUCUAUCCUAGAUUCUGAAAAUAGAUGUUCUUUUUUUUUUGUACUGGGAAUUGAACUCUGGACCUUGUGCUUGCCAGGCGCUUGUGCUGCUGGGCUAUAUCCCUGGCCUAACAGAUGCUUUUUAAAGAAAAAAUUUUUGAGACAAGGUCUUGAUAUGUAAUUCAGGCUGGCCUUAAACUCAAUAUGUAGCCCAGACUGGCCUCAAACUUGAAGCAAUCCUCUUGCCUCAGCCUCCCAAGUGCUGCAAUUACAGGCAUGUGCCACACUCCUGGUAGAAAAAUAACUCCUUAAGAAUGAAUGUUUGGGGGCUGGGGAUUUAGCUCAGUGGCAUAAGCACCUGCCUUGCAAGCAGCUGGUCGUGAGUUCAAUCCCUGGUACUGAUUUAAAAAAAAAAAUGAAUGUUUGUUGCUGGGCAUGGUGGCACAUGGUCACCUCCUGUUCCUUUCCAAUUAUUAACGCCAUGCCACGUGCUGUUGGUCUCCAUUCCUGAGUCGAUAAUUAUUCUUGCUGUUACCCUUGCUGAACCAUCCUAGAUCCAUCCAUUAUCCAUACCCUUCCUCCCAGUAUCGCACACAUAAUCCUCAUUCGUGCAUUUUAGGUCUAAUCAGUUCUGAAAAGCCUCACUAAGAGUGCCUGAGGCUUUGGGGGGCCAUAUAGAUGCAAGCUGUAACAAGUACAAAGUUUAAAGCACCAAUGUCUGAUUUCCUUGCUGUAAACAGGUUCUGAAUGGUAAUUAGAAUACAUAACAUUCGCUUGAUAUUUGUGCUACAGGUAUCUUAGCCCACUUUGUGGCUUGCAUGUUCACUCUAAUUUUGGUAAUUUGAUUAAGAGAUGACGAAUGCAGUUAUAUUUACAUAUCUUUUCUGUCAUGAUUAAUAUUCAUGCCUUGUUUUAAAAAGCUUUUCCUAGCCAGGUGUGGUGGCGCAUGCCUGUAAUCCCAGCACUUGGGCUGUGGCAGGAGGAUCACCAUGAGUUUGUGGCCAACCCGGGCUCCAUAGUGAGUUCAAGGCCAGCUUGAGCUACAUAGUGAGAUCCUAUCUUGAAAAAAAAAAAAGAAAGAAAGAAAAAAUCUUUUCUUACUCUGAGGCUAGAAAGAUAUUCUCCUGUGGUCUGCAUUAAAGGUUUACCUUUUGUAUUUUUUAAAUUCUUAGGGUACUGUCAACUAGACAGCAGUGGUAACUGUAUAUUUACAUAUACUUAACUUAAAAAUAUAUGAGGAAAAAAUUAAGAGACAUACAAGAAGAAACUGAUAAAUCCAUAAUUAAAGUACAAAAUUUCUACA